UCAUCCUAUAUUGGCAGAAAGUGGCAAAAACUCUAUAUUUAUACGAUUGAAGACAUGAGAGCAACAAUUCAUUCCAAUUUACUUGGAUGCCGCUAUGGAGCGAUUAUCUGGCAAAAAACCGGAUGCCAACUGUCAAAGUCAUGUUGACGUUGGCACUUGUGCCGAGUGAAAUCGGACGUUCGCUCAGCUUUCCCGUUCGAGUCGGUGGAGAAAGAUUCCACGCCGCAGUUUCCUUGGGUCGUUCGUUCGAAGUGUUGGCAUUUCGAAAGUCCGCCGUUUCAACCUAGCCGCGUCGUUUAUGAUUUGCAAAAGGAGCAGUUGCGCGGCGGUGAUUUUCCUGUACUUCGAAGUCGGUCCCAGAAAUCGUGGCAGCGGAGUGACAUUUGGCGGUUUUUGUGCAAAACAAGCGUGAAAGUAUUUACUAAAGUGUGUAAAAAAUUGGUGAAUGUUUUCCGUGUGAGUGUCAGUGCGAGACAGUUGGAAUUUCAUGAUGAAUACAUCAGUGAACAGCGAAGUGGCUUUCCCGUCCACAAACUCCUCGCAACAGUUGAUGGCAGCCGGCACGGAUCGCGACAGUCCUGUCGGCGAUCACCCGCGGAGCGGGGUGUCUGCCGAAGGAUUCCGGUCCGUAUCCCGCGUGGAAUGGUUCACCGUGAUCAUCCUGUGCUUCGUAAACCUCAUAAACUACAUGGACAGAUUCACGAUAGCAGGUGUCCUCACAAACAUACAGACAGAUUUUCAAAUAGGUGACGAUGAGGGUGGUCUGCUGCAGACAGCGUUUAUCCUUUCCUAUAUGAUUUGUGCACCUUUAUUUGGAUAUUUGGGCGAUCGGUACUCGAGGCGAGUUAUAAUGGCAAUCGGUGUAUUUAUAUGGAGUCUGACGACGUUGCUUGGAUCAUUCAUGAACACGUAUGGAUGGUUUCUAUUGUUCCGUGCCAUGGUGGGUGUUGGCGAAGCAUCAUAUAGUACAAUAGCGCCUACAAUCAUCUCAGACCUCUUUGCACAUGACCUGCGAUCUAAGAUGUUGGCGCUAUUUUACUUUGCCAUUCCAGUUGGAUCAGGAUUGGGUUAUAUUGUUGGCUCGGAGACAGCGCAGUUAGCGGGCUCAUGGCGAUGGGCUCUAAGAGUGACCCCCGUUCUGGGUGCAGCGGCAGUUGUUUUAAUUUUCUUAAUACGCGAGCCCACCCGCGGACAAAGUGAAGGAUCCCAUGAAAUGAAGGCUACAACUUAUAAAGAAGAUAUCAUCUAUUUGUUGAAGAACAAAUCAUUCAUGCUAUCUACCGCAGGAUUUACAUGUGUAGCCUUUGUUGCAGGAGCCCUGUCGUGGUGGGGACCGAAAUUCAUGCACUUGGGUACACAACUUCAACCGGGAAAUGAAAAUGUUUCCUUAAGCUCCAUAUCGUAUAAGUUCGGAGUUGUGGCAAUGAUAGCCGGUAUCAUUGGCGUACCGGUUGGAUCGUAUCUAGCUCAAACAUUACGCAAAAGGACAACACAGUGGGAUCCUCUCAUCUGCGCUUGGGGUCUAUUCAUAUCAACACCCAUGGCGUACUUCACGUUGAUAACAUCCCACCAUUCGACGUCGUGGUGCUUUUUAUUUGUUUUUCUAGCAGAAGUAACGUUGAAUCUAUGCUGGUCAAUUAUUGCGGAUAUUCUUCUGUACGUUGUAGUACCAACACGAAGAUCAACUGCUGAAGCUUUCCAGAUUCUCAUCUCACACGCCUUCGGAGAUGCCGGCAGUCCUUACCUCAUUGGAGUGUUUUCUGAAGCAAUUAAAAAAGCAAUGCGCGGCCAGCCAAAUGGAGUAUCUACGCCGAAAAUAAUAGAUGGGAUCGAAAGUUUAGCGCUGACGGUGCAAAAUGCUACAAUGACCUCAGCAGGGGUUCCACAUAAUCAGGAUCCAAUUAGCAUACAGUUCCAAGCAUUACAGUACGCGUUAUUCACAACGAAUUUCGUGGAAGUUUUAGGUGCUGUUCUAUUUAUAUGCGUAGCGGCGUACAUUAUUAAGGACAAGGAAAGGGCAAAUCAAGCAGUUAAAGCUCAUCUACAAGAAACGUCUAGCCAAAGUUCAGAUACAACGACGGAAGUAACCCAACCCUUGAUGCAUCAACCAGAUUAAAAAGCCAAAUUAGAAUAUAUUACCGUAAUAGUUCGACUGUGACUGUAAAAAUAAAACGAUUCCUAGAAUCAGAACAAGCGGACAAUGGGACUGUUACGAACACAACACAGGUAGCUUGAAGGAGUGCCAGCUAUAUAGGUAUCGAUAUAGGAAUUGAGAUAUUGUUCUGGAUAAACAAUCGUUUGUUUUUACUGUAUAUAUAAUACCUUAGAAAACAAGUACUAAAAAUUUGUAUUUUUAAGUAACUUAUUAUCAUAUACGACAUCAACAGAAGCAAAAAAGUUUCGUCCCAUUUGAAAAAGAGUAGUUAGACAAAAAAUUUUACAUCUCCGUAGCUAAGCCAUUAAUUGCAAUGUAUCGAAUAGAUAAAAAAUCAUCUUGUCAUGAGCCAGGCGUAGGAAUUUUAAGGCGUUUAAAUUUCGUACAUGCAACGAAGUUGGUUAUACAUUUUUAUAUGUAGGGAAUAUUAUUGUGUAAAUAUAAUGGCAGAAUAUAUAUAUAAAAAAAAAACAAUUCAAAGGCAAUUAUAUGAUAACGAUCUGCUGGAUCAAUAAUUUCACAUCUCUCUACCUCCUCGAAAAUUAUGUAAAGUUCCUUAGCUUCUGCAUAAAUGAGGGUUGAUUGCUAGCAAAAUGUAGCCGGCAUUAUUUAUAGUGAAAAUAGAUCUCUCUAUUUUUAUGUCA